UGUUCUUAGGAUACAUCAGCAGGGGGCGUACAGAACCCAUGAAGUUUCUUGUGGCUUGAUGUACUGUAGAUCUCCCAAAGAAGGAAACUUGAAGCCCAAGGGCAGCCCCAGGAUAAAAGAAUCUGCAGGGGUCUCUGCCUGAUCACAUGCAGAUGCUGGACAGUGAAGGAGCAACAGAGGACAGAGAAAACACUGGAAUUUUCCUGCAGCUGGGAAAGUCGCUGGGACCAUCUUGUUAGCAGCUGCUUUUACUAUUAAGAUAGCCUAGGAAUUCACAUUACAGUGUGACAGGAAGACAGAUGAUUUGAAAAGAAUCAUCAACUUUUGCUUCGUACUACAAACACUGAAUAUCCCAAUUUACUGGUAGAUAAGAAGGCAUCAGCUGCACAAUCAUAAUGAAGUCCCACCUACUUUUACUGUUCAUCAGCAUGGCUUUUUCAGUGGAAUUCCCAGAGAAUGAAAAAAAUCCAGAAUACUGGAGGUAUCAAGCUCAGGAUACCCUGAAACAUGCCUUGUCAUUAGAGAAGCUGAACAAAAAUGUUGCCAAGAAUUUAAUCAUGUUCUUAGGAGAUGGCAUGGGCAUUGCUACUGUGACUGCCGCCCGCAUUCUGAAAGGACAGUUACAGCAUCACCCUGGAGAAGAAACAAGGCUUGAAAUGGAUAAAUUUCCUCAUGUAGCUCUGGCCAAGACCUACAACACUAAUGCACAGGUCCCAGAUAGUGCUGGAACUGCAACUGCCUACUUGUGUGGUGUGAAGGCAAAUGAAGGUACUGUAGGUGUGAAUGCAGCAGCUGUCCGUUCGAUGUGCAACACUACAAAAGGCAAUGAAGUAACAUCUAUCUUACGAUGGGCCAAAGAUGCAGGCAAAUCUGUAGGCAUAGUAACCACUACAAGGGUUAAUCAUGCCACCCCCAGUGCUGCAUAUGCUCAUUCCGUGGACAGAGAUUGGUUUUCUGACAACGAGAUGACCUCUGAAGCAAGAGGGCAAGGAUGCAAAGAUAUCGCCCUGCAACUGAUAGAAAAUAUUCCAGACAUUGAGGUUAUCAUGGGUGGUGGAAGAAAGUACAUGUUACCAAAGGAUACCCUGGAUAUUGAAUACCCAAACAAGACGAAAACUAAUGGGACCCGUCUAGAUGGACGAAACCUGAUUGAGGAGUGGAAGACUGGCAAACAGGGCAAGCGAGCGCAGUAUGUAUGGAAUCGACAACAGCUGUUUGGUAUCAAUACUGCAACAACGGACUAUCUAAUGGGCCUCUUUGAACCUGGUGAUUUGGUCUAUGAACUAAACCGGGAUAAGCUCUCAGAUCCCUCACUGCAGGAAAUGGUAGAUGUUGCCAUUCAGAUGUUGAAGAAAAACCCUAAAGGAUUCUUUUUACUGGUUGAAGGUGGCAGAAUAGACCAUGGGCACCAUGAAGGAAAAGCCAAGCAAGCUCUUCACGAGGCUGUAGAGAUGGACAAUGCGAUCAGUAAAGCUGAUACCCUGACCAGCACAAACGAUACACUGACAGUGGUCACAGCUGAUCACUCUCAUGUCUUUACAAUAGGCGGCUAUACCCCAAGAGGAAACCCAAUAUUUGGUUUAGCACCUAUGCUCAGCGACAUAGAUAAAAAACCAUUUACCUCCAUUCUGUACGGAAAUGGCCCUGGCUUCAAGAUGGUUAAUGGAUCAAGAGAAAAUGUGUCUACUGUGGAUAUAGUUCACGACAACUACCUUGCUCAGUCGGCAGUUCCUCUGAGACAAGAAACGCAUGGUGGGGAAGAUGUUGCCAUCUUUGCCAAAGGCCCCAUGGCACACUUACUUCAUGGAGUUCACGAGCAGAAUUAUAUUCCACAUGUGAUGGCAUAUGCAGCAUGCAUCGGCCUAAAUAAGGACCACUGUGAAAAGGAUGCUCUGCCGGGCAAGGCCAGCUCUCUGCAGAAAGCAGCUGGUUCUAUUUUGCUAUCAAUACUUAUCGUGAAACUUUUAUUAUAAUGACAGCAUAGGAAAAAUAGACUGUAUAUGCAUGUGUGAGAGAGGGAAAGGUGUGAAAGUGAGGGAAAAUGAUGCAUCUGGUGUACUGAAAGAUGCAGAAAUCUUAUUUUUAACAGAAGAUCUAUUUUAAAAGAAGCAAGGAACCUAAACAUGAUUCUUUGCCGUCUUUUUUUUGUACUGUGACAGUUUCUGGCUGUUGCCUGUAUUUCUUUUUCUGAAAACAAGCACAUUUAACUUUUGAAUACAGGCUAGCAUUCUCUGAACAAGGAAUUCCUCCAUUUGUGGACUAAAGAAAUAAUGGUUUUGAACCAGACCCCCACCAAGAAGUGCUCAUUGUGGUACCCAGAAAAGUGGAAGGAAAAUGGUGCGUGGCAUCUCAGGCCCUCUGCACUGCUCUUUUCCAGAAACUUCUACAGAGGAUAAGAGUGAUGUCUGUACCAGAAUGUUUUUAUUUUCUUAUUGUACAAGGCCUGCCAAGCUGUUGCAAACAAAUUUGAGACUCAGGCCUUUGUUAACAUGUUUGCCAAAAUGGGGUAACAAGUCACAGUGAGAAAAGAUAACUGCAUUUUUCACAUUAUUCAAAAAAGUGCAUAAGUCAGAGUUUCAUAUUCAGGAAUUUUGUUCAGUGAAAUAUCUAACCAAGUGCUGUGGAACUCAAAAACUUUUGUACGUUUAGAGAGGUCUCUGUUUUAUUUGAAGUAAAGCCAAUUGUUUUUAAAUCAAGGGAAUAGAUACACUUUUAUGGUUUUUAAUUGCCUGUGUUUUUAGGGGUUUAUAUAGUUAUGUUUAUUCAGUAUUAUAAAUCUUUCAAUGUUUUUCAAGUAAAGGGGUAGUUAUGCUUCCAGUAGCUUGUAAAUAUCUAUAUUUUUUCAAUGAUAACUGGCUCAGUAUUAUAGAGCCUUUAUGUAUAAGCUUAGGUUUUGACUAUAGAAAAUAGAAACUUAUCCCAGAUGGUGUGUGUUUCUCAGCCUGCUAGAUAAACUGAGUAUCUUGGUAAACAGCAUGGUUUUUCACCUCCAAGAUUGUUAGAUUUGUUCCACUUGCUUUGUAUCAUGUGUAUUUUUAAUUCAGUCUAAGCUCUACCUUAAGAAUAAUCAAUAAAAAACAUAGAAAUCAAUUUGCUUUUAGUGUUUCAAGAAGACAUGUAACCUUCAGUCUUCAUUACACCAGCAUAUACCUUUGUAUUAUUGUCAACAAAUCAAAGUUCUCAUGAAU